AUGGAGCCAGUGAUUAAUCCAGAGAAGAAACCGAUGAAAGACGACGACAAUCCAAAUAAUCCUCCAUCCAAGUCUGUUAAGAGAGGCCAGUGGGCCAACAAGAAAGAAUUCAUUUUGGCAGUUGUUGGAGAAAUCAUUGGUCUGGGCAAUGUUUGGAGAUUUCCAUAUCUAUGCUUCAAAAAUGGAGGAGGAGUGUUCUUGGUUCCAUAUGUUUUGUUCCUGUUCACUUGUGGGAUGCCCAUCUUCUUUCUGGAAUUGUCUCUGGGACAGUUAACUGGUCAGGGUGGAAUCACAUGUUGGAGGAAAAUAUGUCCUCUCUUUGAAGGUUUAGGCUAUGGAAGUCUAGUGCUGAUGCUAUACACUGUGAUGUAUUAUAUUGUCAUCCUGGCCUGGGCAUUCCUCUACCUCUUCUCCUCCAUCAACACUGUACUCCCCUGGGCCAGCUGUAACAACACCUGGAACACAGAGUACUGUGUCGAUUAUCGAACAAAUCAUUCAUCUGUUGGUCAUGAUUCUCAGAACGCAACUUCUUCAGUUGAAGAGUUCUGGCAGAGGAGAGUCCUGGGUCUGUCUCAAGGUAUAGAAGAGAUGGGAAAUAUCCACUGGGACCUGGCUGGAUGUCUUCUGCUCAGCUGGGUUGUUUGUUACUUCUGUAUCUGGAAAGGAGUCAAGUCCUCGGGAAAGGUCGUCUACUUCACAGCCACAUUCCCUUAUGUAAUGAUGACUGCUUUGCUGAUUCGUGGUGUGACGCUGCCAGGAGCCAUAGAUGGUAUUCGAUUUUACCUCUCUCCUGAUCCAUUGCGUCUGGCUGAUCCUCAGGUGUGGAUGGAUGCUGCAAGCCAAAUAUUAUUCUCCUAUGCUGUCUGCACGGGCUGUUUGGCAUCUAUGGGAAGCUACAACAAAUACAACAACAACUGCUACAAAGACGCAUUUGCCCUGUGCCUGAUGAACAGUACGACCAGCUUUGUUGCUGGCUUUGCAAUAUUCUCUGUCCUUGGCUUCAUGUCCUAUGAGUUGGGUGUCGACAUCUCAACAGUGGCUGCAUCAGGUCCUGGCCUGGCUUUUAUUGCCUACCCUCGGGCAGUAGCAAUGAUGCCUUUACCCCAUGUUUGGGCUGCCUUUUUCUUCAUUAUGAUUAUCUUCCUCGGACUGGACAGUCAGUUUGUGAAUCUGGAAGCCCUGGUCACAUCCAUAUCAGACAUGUAUCCAUCCUUCUUUUUCAUUGGUCAUCGACGUAAACUACUCUUGCUGGUCUCCUGUAGUUUGUGCUUACUCAUCGGACUCUCUAUGGUCACUGACGGAGGACUUUAUGUGUUUCAGCUUUUUGACUACUACGCCUGCAGUGGAAUCCCAUUAGUACUUUUUGCCAUUCUGGAGUCUGUUUGUAUAGGAUGGGUAUAUGGUGCUGAUCGCUUCUACGAUAAUAUUACGGACAUGAUUGGAUAUAGCCCCAUGCCCUAUAUGAAAUAUUGCUGGAGGUACAUCACUCCAUGUGUAUCUACAGGCAUAUUGCUCUUUUCGUUGGUCAAAUUCACCCCUCUGAGGUACAACAACACCUACCAGUACCCCUGGUGGGGUCAUGCCCUCGGGCUAUUUCUUGCUCUGUCUUCAGUCAUCAUGACACCACUGUGGUUUCUCUACAGUCUGACUGGAACUUCAGGAACACUGAGACAGAGACUUAAAGUGGUGACAACUCCAGCAGAUGAUCUUUCCAGAGCAACACUUAAAAAAUCUGUCAACUCUGAGACAUGUCCUUUUGACAAGGAACAUGAACUAUGUGCUUUGAACAUGACUGAAAAUAACUGA